AUGCCCGACCGGUUCACCGCACGCUGCAUUCGGCCCUACCAAAGCCGUCCCCGCGGCCUGAACGGCCUCGUCCCCUGGGCCCUCAUGCCCCACACCCGCCUUUCACCCUACCUCAGACCCCUAGUCGACACCCUCCAAGAAAAAGGCCACCAAGUCUCCGUAGCCAUCCCGGCCUCCUCCCGCUCCUGGAUCGGCAAAGCGCACAUAAUCGAAGCCUCCCUAACAGCAACCUACGUGCACCGGGACUCCUUCAACGCCGACGGCACCUGGAACGAACCCGAGUCCGAGUGCGAGUCCAACCCUGAAACCGACUGGGUCGUCAUCCGCAACGGCACACCUGCCAGCUGCGCCCAACUCGGUCUGUACAACUUGUUCACGGACCGCGCGCCUAUCGACCUCGUCAUCUCGGGCCCGAACCACGGCCGCAACGCUUCUACCAUCUACAACCUCUCUUCAGGGACGGUUGGCGGUGCGCUGGAGGCGGUUUUCUGCGGGAAGAAGGCCAUUGCUAUCUCGUUUGGGAGUAAGGAUGAGCAGCCGAAGGAUGUUAUUGAUGCGGCGGCGAGGUUGGCCGUGAGGGUUGUUGAGCAUCUUUAUUCGCAUUGGGAUGAGAGGGUUGAGCUUUAUAAUAUUAAUGUUCCUAUGCGGGUCGAUGUUGAGGAGAGGCCUGUGUUGUAUACGCGCACUUUGCCGUAUUAUUGGAAUAGAGGGUGUUUGUAUGCUGAGGAGGGGAAGAAGGUUGUUAAUGGUGUUAAUGGUGUGAAUGGGGUUCAUGUCAAUGGUGAGACCAAUGGUGAGACCAAUGGUGAGACCAAUGGUGAGACCAAUGGUGAGACCAAUGGUGAGACCAAUGGUGAGACCAAUGGCGAGACCAAUGGUGUGCUUGUCAAUGGACAUGGUCCCGCGCCCAGACAGCGCCAGUUCAAGUGGUCUGCUGAUUUGUCGGAUAUGAAGAAGACAUUGCAGGAGAGCGAGGUUGGGACGGAUGCUCAUACCGUGCUAAAUGGGUCGACCAGUGUGACUGCUCUCCGAGCCAACUUCUGGCAUGUCCCUGAUCUUGAUGGGCCGCUGCAUCUCGAUUCUUGA